UAAGAACUCGGCGAUUCCCCUCCUGCCGCUUUGAUUUCGGGCACCUCCGACAGAUAAUUGGGAAGGGUUUCCAGAAGGUGGGAAAUGUCACCUGAUUCACACUGAACUUUUAAAAGCUCCCCACCCCCAAAGAGCCGGCACACCCUCGGUCGCGGCCGCCCUCUCACAGCCCCACACACUGGGAGACCGCCCACCGCAAACCUCGGAGACCCCCGUCUAGAUUUAAAGCACGGCUGCGCCCGGCUUCUGACGUCCAUUGAAUCGCGCGGGCGGCCGCUGGCGAGCGCGGGGCUGCGCCGGGAUCGCUGCGCCCUCCGCCGCUCGCCUCUGCGACGCGCGCCGCUCGCCCAAGCCACCCGCCGCCGCGCUCCUCGCCCCGCGCCUGCCCCAGGAUGGUCUGCGCCAGGCACCAGCCCGGCGGGCUCUGCCUCCUGCUGCUGCUACUCUGCCAGUUCAUGGAGGACCGCAGCGCCCAGGCUGGGAAUUGCUGGCUCCGCCAAGCCAAGAACGGCCGCUGCCAGGUCCUGUAUAAGACAGAGCUGAGCAAGGAAGAGUGUUGCAGCACCGGCCGGCUGAGCACCUCAUGGACCGAGGAGGAUGUGAACGACAAUACUCUCUUCAAGUGGAUGAUUUUCAACGGGGGCGCCCCCAACUGCAUCCCUUGUAAAGAAACGUGUGAGAACGUGGACUGCGGACCAGGGAAAAAGUGCCGAAUGAACAAGAAGAAUAAACCACGCUGCGUCUGUGCCCCAGACUGCUCCAACAUCACCUGGAAGGGUCCCGUGUGUGGACUGGAUGGGAAAACCUACCGCAACGAAUGUGCACUCCUCAAGGCCAGAUGUAAAGAGCAGCCAGAGCUGGAAGUCCAGUACCAGGGCAAAUGUAAAAAGACUUGCAGGGAUGUUUUCUGUCCAGGCAGCUCCACUUGUGUGGUGGAUCAGACCAAUAAUGCCUACUGUGUGACCUGUAAUCGGAUUUGCCCAGAACCUUCGUCUUCCGAACAGUACCUUUGUGGAAAUGAUGGAGUGACUUACUCCAGCGCCUGCCACCUGAGAAAGGCCACCUGCUUGUUGGGCAGAUCCAUUGGACUAGCCUAUGAGGGAAAGUGUAUCAAAGCAAAGUCCUGUGAAGAUAUCCAGUGUGGUGGAGGGAAAAAAUGCCUAUGGGAUUUCAAAGUUGGCAGAGGUCGCUGCUCUCUCUGUGAUGAGCUAUGCCCUGACAGCAAGUCGGAUGAGCCAGUCUGUGCCAGCGACAACACUACGUAUGCCAGCGAGUGUGCCAUGAAGGAAGCUGCCUGCUCCUCUGGUGUGCUGCUUGAAGUGAAGCACUCCGGAUCUUGCAACUCCAUCUCGGAAGAAACGGAGGAAGAGGAGGAGGAGGAAGACCAGGACUACAGCUUUCCUAUCUCUUCCAUUCUAGAGUGGUAAACUCUCCACCAGUGUUCAGUGUUAACAUAGCCUUUGGGCGAAACAAAACACAACAAAAUAAAAAAUAAAUAAAUAAAUAAUUAAAUAAAUAAAUAAAUAUUAAAAAAGGAAAGAAAAAAGAAAAUAAGAAAAAGAAAAAAUAUAUUGUUCAUAAUGUAAAUAAGUGUAUGCUUAUUUAUUUGGGGGGAAAACUAUAUACAUUAAAGGACCUUUGUCCUAAAGCUCUCUCUCAGGCCGCAUGGUUACUCACUGGGCAUGGAGAGAUGAGCAUUUUGUGGUCUACUGGAUGAGGCCUAUAGUUGAGACUUGUAGACAUUUAUUUAUACUGUGUCAUGUUUUAUAAUUUAUACAUAAAAUGUCUGGUUGACUGUACACCUUGUUUUUUUUGAAGAAAUUUAUUCGUGAAAGGAAGAGCAGUUGUUAUUUAUUGUGAGGUCUCUUGCUUGUAAAGUGAAACUGUUUUUUUUCCCCCUUGUAAACCAUUUAACUCCAUUCCUCACUACGCACACCCACCUGUCUCCCUCCACAUCUCACCCGUUAGAUUCUUUUCCACCUUUUAACAAAUUUGCAUGUCAGUUUCUGUCAUGUUUAUUUAUUGGAUUCUCAGCUGCCUAAUCUGUACAUACCUGCUCCCUCGGGUUUUGUUUACAAGGAAUCUUGACUGACCAAAAGGCAUUGUAACUCUGCCACAGAUACAAGGUACAGAGGAUGUGCCUCUUGUCUGCUUCCGUUCCCUCGUUCUGGUGAACGUUGGGAGAGAGGAUGGGAGAGGCAUUAAAAUUCUAAAAAUGUGCUUUUAUGAUGUUACAGAUCCAAAGACAUAGAGUGAUGUGGGUGUCAGGAGACUGAAGAGAGGUGAAAGUCACGCUUUCAACCUGUCAUUCGGUGUUUCCUUUGAGCUAGUCGGCUGUACCUAUUCAAUUAGUUCCUUUUCAACCAAUGUGUCACUGAAAGUUCCAUCAAAGCUUCAUCAGUUCAAGUUUCUUGCUUUUCAUAAUACUUUUUUCUGAUGCAAUUUUAUAUUUUCAAACAUGGCAAGUUAAAUAUAAAUUCAUUUAAAUAUAUAGUUUUGUACUUUUCUACCAUGUAAAUGUGCAAUGUAUAUAAAAGUUAUAAUGUGUAUUUGUAGAUAAAUGAUGAGUGGAAAAAUAAAAAAAAAUGUAAAAACCA